AUGUUCAUCUUGACCAAAAUCGCGGAUCUGGUUCAGAUUAAAGCGGCAGACUUCUCCAAGCCCAGCAUAGAGGCCAUUGAGGACAAUAUCAAUGCCAAAUACGCAAACAAGGUGCUUCAAAAAAUUGGACUAUGUGUCUCUCUUUAUGACAUUCUCUGGACCUCAGAGGGCCUGAUUGGCCACGGCACAGGCGAGGUCAACGUAAAUGUGGAGUUUCGUAUGAUUGUCUUCCGUCCUUUUAAGGGAGAGGUUAUGCUAGGCAAGAUCUCAAGCUCAACGCCUUCGGGCAUCAACCUAUUUACAAUCUUCUUCAAUGACAUCUUCAUCCCCUUCGAGGAACUGCCUGCUGGCUCCGAGUAUAGCCAUAGCGACCAACUCUGGGUUUGGAAGAUGGAUGACGUGAGGCUGUACUAUGAUACCAACGAAAUGGUACGUUUCCAGGUCAUCGACGAGGAGUGGCACGACCAGACACCUGCGGGGCCCAGCCAAGCUGGCGGUGCGGACGAGGAGGAAAACGCAAUAGCGCCCUACAAAAUCAAAGGAAGCAUGGCGCGGGAAGGACUUGGUGUCUGUCUCUGGUGGGACAACUAA